AUGACACAUCAGAGUUGGGCGUUUAUCUUUUAUUACCUGCCAGACCCCUCUGGAAAGAGCCUCUGUGGAAUUCAUCUUCAACAGUGUUUGUUUCAGGAUGCGAAAGAUGGAGGUAAUGAGACCGAAGGCAGCAGGAUGAGUAAGUUAAGAAGGACAAGAAAGAAAGUCAUGAAAUCACAAAUUCCUUCAGCUGAAAUAGGACAGAUGGACUUAUCCAACUCAAAAGAAAAGAUAAAAAAAGAAAUGGUGUGCCACAAAUUAGGGGAUACAAGCAAACCAGUUGUGGGACCUGGCUCUGCUGAAUCUCAUCCACAAGAUGACAAGGACUUCCAGGAUCAGACAACAGUGAUAAAACCCUCCCCUCUCAAAACAUUGGAGAGCCCUCCUGGUGGUGAAUUCGACCCAGACUCCAGCUGUACUGAUAACACCAGGGACAGCACAAAAAUUCCAACGGUACCUCAACUUUCCUCUAGAAUGAAGGCCAUUAAACAAGAGAUGGCCAGAAAGCACCUUCAGUUUGUGCGAUUUGAAGCAACAGAUCUCCAUGGGGUGUCCAGGUCUAAGAGUAUCCCUGCACACUUCUUCCAGGAAAAAGUGAUCCACGGUGUUUUCAUGCCCCGAGGUUAUCUUGAAUUGAUACCGAAUCCCAAAGACAAAGAAGUGGAUCACAUACGAGCCACAUGUUUUAACAGCGACAUAGUCCUGGUGCCAGAGUUGUCAACCUUUAGGGUUUUGCCAUGGGCCGAGAGAACGGCCAGAGUGAUAUGUGACACAUUCACUGUGACGGGCGAGCCUCUGCUGACUUCCCCACGGCACAUCGCCAAGAGGCAGCUGCGCCAGCUGCAGGACUCGGGCUUUUCCCUGCUCUCGGCGUUCAUCUAUGACUUCUGCAGUUUUGGUGUCCCCGAGAUGAUCAAUCCAAAGGCCCUCUCCUUCCCGGCUGCCACGCUGCUCAACGACCACGACCAGCCCUUCAUCCAGGAGCUGGUGGGUGGUUUGAAUCGCACCGGGGCCAGCGUCGAGAGCUUCUCCUCCUCCACCAGGCCUGGGCAGGUGGAAAUCUGUUUUCUGCCCCAAUUUGGCAUCAGUUCAGCGGAUCAUGCAUUUACCCUCAGAACAGGCGUCAAAGAAGUGGCCAGGAGAUACAAUUACCUCACCAGCUUCUUCAUCGAGACUGGGUUCUGCAAUUCAGGCAUUUUGUCUCAUAGCCUCUGGGAUGUCGGAGGAAAGGAAAAUAUGUUCUGCAGCCCUGGAGCCGGGCAGCUCGCAGGGGCUGGGGAGCGAUGGCUGGCCGGGCUCCUGAAGCACUCGGCCGCGCUCAGCUGCCUCCUGGCCCCUGCUGUCAGCUGCCGAAAGCGCUACUCCAGGGACAGCAAGGACCAGAAGGCGAGCGUGCCCGCGACCUGGGGCUAUAAUGACAACAGCUGCGCUUUUAAUAUCAAGUGUCAUGGGGAGAAGGGCACCCGGAUAGAAAAUAAACUGGGGUCAGCAACAGCAAAUCCGUACCUGGUGCUGGCCGCGACCGUAGCAGCAGGUUUGGAUGGACUUCAAGGCAGCGACGGUGCCUUGGCUGGUCCCGAGGACAGCACCGAGCUUUAUCAAUCGAAAGCUCCUGAGAUCCCUUUGAAACUGGAAGAUGCCCUUGUGGCGCUUGAGGAAGAUCAAUGCCUGAGACAGGCUCUAGGAGAAACUUUUAUUCGGUAUUUUAUUGCCAUGAAGAAGUAUGAGCUGGAAAAUGAAGAAACAGAUGCUGAGAGAAAUAAAUUCUUAGAGUAUUUCAUUUAG